AUAUUAAAAACAGAAAACGAAAAAAAGGAAAUUAAAGGGGGUUAAGUGUAAGAUGAAAAGUGGGCAAAAGCAAAGCCAAAAACAAAAAUCCCACAAAAACCCAUCAUUCUUUCCAGCUCAUUUUGAACCCCAGAACCGCCUGUUUUUCUCUUUCUCUCACUUUCAAAAGAAAUGGUUGAACCCAAGUUUCACAUAUUCGUCUCUUUAGCUGCUCAAGUUGGUGACUGUUCAACUGGAAACAUUCCAUAAUGGCUAAGCGUCAGUAUGAAGUUUGGAAGGGCAAUAAUAUAUUUAUUUUCGGGGGGAGGUUUAUAUUUGGUCCAGAUGCUAAGUCACUGAUCAUUACGUUACUGCUGAUCAUUGUUCCCGUUAUCAUCUUUUGUGCAAAUGUUGCAAGGAACCUCAUCAGUGAAAUUUCAGGAAUUGUUGCUGGCUAUGCAAUUCUAAUGGUGACAGUUGUUUUCACAGUAUAUGUAUUACUAGUACUUCUUCUUACCUCUGCCCGAGACCCUGGCAUUGUUCCUCGCAAUCUUCAUCCCCCAACAGAAGAGAUAUGUUAUGAUUCUUCAGCUUCUAUUGAUGCUCUUGGGAGACAAACGCCAACCCCGCGACUACCCCCCACAAAAGAACUCAUUGUCAAUGGUGUGCCUGUAAGGGUGAAGUAUUGUAACUCAUGCAUGUUGUAUCGUCCACCUCGCUGCUCACACUGCUCUGUCUGUGAUAACUGUGUGGAGCGAUUUGACCACCACUGUCCUUGGGUAGGCCAGUGCAUUGGAAUGCGCAACUACCGGUCAUUCUUUCUGUUCAUUUCUUCUUCAACCGUUCUCUGCAUCUUCAUCUUUGCAAUGUCUGCUUUGAACAUAAAAUUCCUUAUGGCUGACUAUGGAACAGUCUGGAAGGCAAUGAAAGAGUCACCUCUUUCAGUGGUACUAAUGGUUUAUUGCUUCAUUUUCCUUUGGUUUGUUGGAGGGCUUACCUGCUUCCACUUGUAUCUUAUAAGCACAAACCAGACCACAUAUGAGGCAUUUCGCUACCGAGGACUUGAAAGGCCCCGUAUAUAUGACCGUGGCUGCUUGAACAACUUUCGAGAAGCACUCUGCUCCAAAAUAAAGCCUUCAAGAAACAGUUUCCGUGCUUAUGUCCAAGAGAAUGGAAGAGGGGCUACCUUGGGCAUGACCUCAGAAGCUUAUCUAGGUAAUUCAGAUGAAAACCGGCGAGAAAAAGUAGAAGAUGACCGAGAAAUUGGUGGUGACCUUCUCAAGAUAUCCCAACGCCGUGAAGCUGAAGAUACUUAGAGCAACCUCAACUGGCAGUGGUUUAGUCCAAAGUCCGCCUAAGGCUGAGUUUGUUUGGAUAAAGUCAAGGUGCAGACAAUCAACAAUUGCAAAACACAAGUGGGGAUACAAUUGGGGUCCAAAAAAGAUCAACAAGUUAUUCUUGCCCCGAAAUCCUGGGGCACAGAUAGCUAAAGAAUUUUGAAAGAAGAAACACCAGUAUAGUAGUGAUUGUUUAUCAUAGUUCAUAUUUGUUUAUAGGUACAGUGCCAACCGACUUUAGUCUUUUAUAUAUGAUAUAUACCUCAUUGAGUUAUUCAA